GGGUGUGACCAUGGCCUUAUCUGUGAAGAGGCUUAUUUCCUCAUGUUUGAGGAAGAGGUCCCAUUGCACUUCCACCAUUUUUAAACCAGUGUAAAUGAACACCUCAUGAAUAAAAGACACCUCCCACACCCUCCCGUCCAUCCAUCUAGGAUGACAUCCCCCAAUGUAGCCAGCAGUGAGAACACACCUGGGCUGGGCUUUUGCGAACACGCCCAGGUAGGAACUGCAGGCCUAGAUCAGGUUUGGCAAGAUUUUUCAAGGGAAGAUCUACGUAUGUUUUUUUAGUGUUUGGCUUCUGCUCUCCUCCUUUCUUCACCGCUUCUGUGAGACCGGAGUUCAUUAAUCAGGUGCAUUGAAGUCCGGCAGGCAUGAACUGGUCUGCACUGGAGAGCCUCCUCAGUGGGGUGAACAAGUACUCCACCGCCUUUGGCCGCGUCUGGCUCUCAAUGGUCUUUGUGUUCCGCGUCAUGGUCUUCGUGGUGGCGGCCCAGCGGGUGUGGGGCGACGAGAGCAAGGACUUCGUCUGCAACACGCGGCAGCCCGGCUGCAGCAACGUCUGCUAUGACAGCAUCUUCCCCAUUUCCCACAUCCGCCUGUGGGCCCUGCAGCUCAUCUUCGUCACCUGCCCGUCACUCAUGGUGAUGGCGCACGUCAAGUACCGCGAGGAGAAGGACAGGAAGUACAUCGUUUCCCACACGGACGGCACGCACCUCUACGCCAACCCCGGAAAGAAGCGCGGUGGCCUGUGGUGGACCUACAUGCUCAGCCUGGUCUUCAAAGCUGGUCUGGAUGCAGGUUUCCUCUACCUCCUUCACCAUAUCUACCACGGCUACGACAUGCCCCGGCUCGCCAAAUGCAGCCUGGAGCCGUGCCCCAACACGGUGGACUGCUACAUCUCUCGGCCCACUGAGAAGCGGAUCUUCACCCUCUUCAUGGUGGUGUCCUCAGCAUGUUGCAUCUUCAUGUGCAUCUGUGAGAUGUUCUACCUGAUCUGCAAAAAGCUGCAUAAGAUUUUCAGGGUCCGGCACACCCACGAGAUGGAGCAGUUUGCUCAGACUCAUGAGCUGAACAACAUUGCGCCACCUCGAUCGCAGUACAGGAGGGUGGACCCCACACUGUCCAGCACCCAGAACCUCAACAGGGAAAAGACAAGGGAAAUAGCCACGUCCAAGUUGUAAACUUUAGCCAGACGUACUGACACCUGAAGGAGCGGACAAGGCUUAGACACAUACACAGACAUGCACCUCAGUUUGAUGUGUUGUUUACAUGUUUACAUGUUGAGUCUUAGCAGGUGAAAACAGACUAGAAUGGUUCCAAUAUUCAAAAUAGGUCUAAGAUGUUUUUUACAUGUUUUAUCACUUUCAACUGACAUAUCCAAUAAGUUUGUCUGUUGAUAUGAUUAUAACUUGUUUUUUGCUGUAUGUCUGUGUUUACUCUAUAUCUGACAAAGCACUCUAUUUUUUCUACUGUAGAAACUUAAUCUAAUAUAUGCAAUGUAUGUUUAGAAUUACAACACCUGUACUCACAAGAUUGUGAUUGUCCAAUGUGAUUCUUACAGACACACCACAGAAUACAUUACUCAUUGCGUCGUUGUGGUUUUAUUGUGGCAUAUUCAGGUUCCAGCAUAUAUUGUGAAAGUUCACAAGGUCUGUAGGUUUAUGGUUUAUUUCAUAAUAGCACACAUAAAGUCAAUAUAAUUUAACUCUGGCCAUGGCACUUUUCUGUUAAAAAAUAAAAUUGUUUUCAGGAGAUUCAUUAUUUAUCUAAAGCAGCAUGAAUAGUUUUUAAUGCAAAAAUGCUAUUACACUAGUUAUCAGAGAUUAAUUCUGCAUUGUUGUUACAUUAAUUCAGCAUUUUUGUUAUGGUGUUGCACACUCUCUUUUGGAAACACUGAGAAUCUAUAUAAAUAAAUUCGUUUUUUCAUGCAUGUGUACGUCCCCUUACAUGGAUUGGUAAACGCCUUAUCCUCUGUUGUUAUAAUAUUUGUAAAGACUAUCUUAGAAGCUCCAACCGCAAAAUGUGAGCAUAUGUAUGGUCCCAUCCUCCUAACAUAUUCAGUCUUGCCACCAACCGGCUCUCUUUCUCUCUUUCGAUUUCCUCUCUCCCUCUUCAUUCUUCGUUCUUCGUUGAACACAGCGUCAGCCGCCUUCCCUGCAGCCCACACCGCUGCUGUUCCUCACCUAAAACACGUUUAAAAAUAACACUCUCCAGCACAUGCUGCCCAGGACACUUUCAUUUACAUGUUACAUAAGCUGCACCUCUUGAUCUUUCGCCUUCAGCUACCAGCGUUUUAGUUCACUCCCACUCUCCACAUCACCCCCUCAGAUCACACACACUCUCACAGACACACACACACACACAC